AUGAAAGAAUUGCGCCUAAAUGCUGCAUUGACCGACGCGAACAGCCGGAUUUCCAACUUGGCUCACACGAUGGAUACCAUGCUCGAAAAGCUGUCCAUGGCGUACAUGAUUGAAUCCGAGCCUAAGCAUGUGGUGGGCUACCUUAUGGAUGCCCUAGCGCCGCCUGAUUUUAUGGCGACGGUUCUGGAGGAGAUGGGUUAUUUUGACAACAAGACACUACGCUCUGAUGUGUCGGGUUUUAUUGCUUCGUCUACUGUGGCUGCGAUGUCUCCUUCCUUGCUUUUGUCCUCUGCGGGUGUCUUUCCGUUCCCGGCCGAGCUGCCUGGUGUUCCUCUGGACGCCGAUUUUGCGUCGCCAUCUGAUGGUGCUGAUCUGACUGAUGACGUGACGUCGCUACCUUCGCUUUCCUUGGUUUCGGCCCCUUUCGCGGUUGACUCUCUUCUGGCUGCCCGUGUUGCUGAGGCCGAGGCCUAUGGCCUAGCCGGUCCGGACUUAGAGCGCCUCCGUGCCCUUAUACUCCGCUACAGCGAUGUGUUUCGCCUUAGUAUUGGUGGGGACCCGCUGUGA